AAAUCGGUCGGGUUCGGAUUGUGAACAGGAUGUUUUGCGCACUGACCUACAUCCGGGGAAUUGAUCCUACGCGCGAAAUGGAGUGAUGUAAACAUAACCACAAGUUUAGGGUAUGCCUUUGGAGUGUAGUGGUAAGGACAAUAUGCAGCUACGCCGUAAGUUAGGCGGUGGUGUGGCAUCGGCCACCACAAGAAUAAGAAAACGGCGGAAGGAAACAGACGCUGCACCACCAAAAGGAAAGAGAGCAAUGAAGGCUGGAUCAACCUCCCAAGUCAAGGAGAUGCAGCAAACACCACCUAGAAGACAGAGGAAAGGUGGAAUAUCGAUACCUAUCACCAUCGACCACCAAGAACCAUCAUCAUGUUCAUCAGCAAACUUCAUAACUUCCGUCCCUGACGUCAGCAAACCAGCACACAAGAAACCAUUGAAAAUCUUAAAAGAAAAUCCAGAAACUGGUUCUCCUCCCAGAAUUCCGAUGCUGGGGACCAUUUUUUCACCUGUCUAUCAUCAGUUGUAUGAAGAAGAAUAUGAAGAGAGAGAGGGACUGGAGUCCAUCGCAAAGUCUCUGGAUUUUGGGAGCAUGACAGAAUACCAGGAAGGGGAGGAGUCAGACGGGGCCUCAUCAACCAAAGAAAACCAAGAGCCCUUUGAUGUGCCCCUGGACAUUUGCACCAAUGAGAAGAUGGACAUAGAGGACAAUAAUAACCUAGUGUGUGGGAAGACCGAGACCAUCGAGUGCGAGGCCUUAGAUGACGGCGAGUAUCAGGAGGAGGUGAUGGCGGACGACUUCGACGCUGAGCCUUUUGAUCCAUUCCUCUUUAUCAGAAGUUUACCCCCGUUGACUGAUGAGCUCAGAAUGAGACACCCAGCCCUCCCCCUGAAGACUCGCAGCUCUCCCGAGUUCUCACUUGUCCUUGACCUGGAUGAGACCUUGGUUCACUGCAGUUUGACGGAACUAGAGGGUGCAGCAUUUACUUUUCCUGUUCUGUUUGAAGAGGUCACAUACCAGGUGUUUGUAAGAACGAGGCCCCACUUUAGGGAGUUUCUGGAGAAGGUCUCCGGAAUGUUUGAAGUCAUUCUGUUCACAGCCUCCAAGAAAGUCUACGCAGAUAAACUCGUCAAUCUACUGGAUCCCCAGAAACAGCUGAUCAAGCAUCGGUUAUUCCGUGAACAUUGUGUGUGUGUCAAUGGAAACUACAUCAAAGAUUUAUCCAUUCUGGGUCGUGACCUUUCAAAAACCAUCAUCGUGGACAAUUCACCGCAAGCAUUUGGUUACCAGCUGGCCAAUGGAAUCCCCAUUGAGAGUUGGUUUGUGGACAAAGAUGACAGAGAGUUACUCAACCUUGUACCAUUUCUACAAAGUCUAGUGCACAAGAACGAGGAUGUGCGUCCCCAUAUCAAGGACAGGUUCCGACUCCACGAAUUAUUACCACCAUUACCUGGGAUAGACAGUUCAGAAGGUGAAAGUUCAGAUGGUGAAAGGUCAGAAACAGACCAAUACAUGCUGGAUACAACUUAAGUGAUAUUCAUUAUCUGAGGUCAAACGUUCAGAAAGUUGAAAGUUCACAGAUGUCAAAAGUUCAAAAAGAACCAAUAGAACCUGGAAAUUACAUCGUGUUUGAACUUGACAAGAUAAAAAACUGUUUGAUGGGUUGUUCUUUGAUUUUUGUUUAUAUUACGUAAGUUUUGAUGUUAAUCAAUUUAAACAUGUCAAAAAUUUUU